UGUUUCUGCGCAUGUCCGGUGGCUGGAAGGUGCAGUCUGAGUGAAGUGUGGAGCCGGGUUGCUGGUGUCGUUCGGUGAAGUCUCCCUGUCGCCAUGGUGCUGGACCUGGAUCUGUUCCGCAAGGACAAGGGAGGGGACCCCGAGAAAGUCCGGGAGAAUCAAGUGAACCGUUUCAAAGACGUGUCGCUGGUGGAUAAGUUGGUGGAGGCGGACUCAGAAUGGAGGAAAUGUCGGUUCCGCGUCGACAACUUAAACAAACUAAAAAACCUCUGCAGUAAAACAAUUGGAGAGAAAAUGAAGAAAAAGGAGCCUGUUGGUGACAGUGAUACUCUACCACAAAAUUUGCAGAACCUUGAUGAUCUCAAUGCUGAAGUUUUAAGUGGUUUAAGUGUAACUCAGAUCAAGAAAAUACGGGUUCUCAUUGAUGAAGCUAUCACCAAGUGUGAUGCAGAGCGCUUGAAACUGGAAGGGCAAAGGAUGGACUGUCUGAGAGAAAUUGGUAAUAUCCUACAUCCCUCCGUACCCAUCAGCAAUGAUGAGGAUGUGGACAAUAAAGUGGAGCGAACAUGGGGAGACUGUACAGCCAUAAAAAAGUAUUCCCAUGUUGACCUAGUGGUAAUGAUUGAUGGUUUUGAAGGAGAGAAGGCGGCUGUAGUGGCAGGGAGCCGAGGCUAUUUCUUAAAGGGUCCCUUGGUAUUUCUAGAACAAGCCCUGAUCCAGUAUGCUCUGCGGUGCCUGACCAGCCAAGGCUAUACUCCACUUUAUACACCAUUCUUUAUGAGAAAAGAAGUAAUGCAAGAAGUGGCCCAACUUAGUCAGUUUGAUGAAGAACUCUACAAGGUUAUUGGGAAAGGCAGUGAAAAAUCGGAAGACAGCUCAAUUGAUGAGAAAUACUUGAUCGCUACUUCUGAGCAACCAAUUGCAGCUUUUCACAGAGAUGAAUGGUUAAAACCUGAGGAUCUUCCGAUUAAAUAUGCUGGAAUUUCCACCUGCUUCCGUCAGGAGGUUGGCUCCCAUGGCCGUGAUACUAGAGGAAUCUUCCGUGUUCACCAAUUUGAGAAGAUUGAACAGUUUGUUUUUGCUUCCCCUCAUGAUAAUAAAUCAUGGGACGUUUUCGAGGAGAUGAUUGGAACUGCUGAAACAUUCUACCAAUCCUUGGGCAUUCCUUACCGCAUUGUAAAUAUUGUAUCAGGUGCAUUGAAUCAUGCUGCUAGUAAAAAACUGGACUUGGAAGCCUGGUUUCCUGGCUCUGUUGCUUUCCGAGAGCUAGUGUCUUGUUCUAACUGUACAGAUUACCAAGCACGAAGGUUACGAAUCAGAUACGGGCAAACCAAAAAAAUGAUGGACAAAGCUGAAUUUGUGCACAUGCUAAAUGCUACAAUGUGUGCAACAACUCGUGUUUUGUGUGCUAUCCUGGAGAAUUACCAGACUGAAGAAGGGAUAGUGGUACCAGAAUGUCUAAGGCCAUACAUGCCACCAAGUUUGACUGAGCUGAUCAGGUUUGUUAAGCCUGCACCAAUUGACCAGGAGCCAUCAAAAAAACAGAAGAAGCAGCAAGAAGGGAGCAAGAAGAAACCUGCAUUCUCUGAUACCGGUUUGGAGAAUAAAGUACAGAACAUGUCUGUCAAUAAUUAAUGGAUCCUUUUAACUAAAUGGUAAAAUUAUAUUUGGUGUACUUGCUGUCCAAAUUAAUUAUUCUUGUGGAUGACAUACUUUACAUGGAUUUCCAUUACAAAUAAAACCACAGAAACAGACUGUGUCUAAUAGUAAUAAUGUGCAUCUCCUGGAAAGAUGAUCAUUUACCUGAAGUGUAGAAAAUUUUAUGAAGAGUUUGCUGCCAAUGUAUGUUCAUGGAAUAUGGAAUUUUAUCUCUUCAAAUUAUUUACAAUAAUAAAUAACUACUG